AAUCAAUAUUAAGUUUGGUAAAAAAAAAAUUAAUUACAGAAAACUGAACACAAUAAGGCUAAUUUUGUGCUGCAUUAAGUUUAUUCGGCUAAAUAACCAGCACUAAUACAAUGUUUCCUUUCAAAAUCUUUGUUUUUAUUUCUGUGUUGACGUUGACUACAGUAAACGGCCUGAUCAACUGUCCAGUAUGUUCAGAUCCUUUCGACCCAAAUUCCUGUACAGGUGUCCAACACUGCUCCAAUGCCAAUCAUGACAUUUGUGAGCUUCAUAUUCACCUGGCUGAAUCGAACAGGUUGUCCUACUCGUGUCAAACUUCAAACCAAUGCAUCAACCGAGAGUCUCAUCCUUGUAGCAUCAACACGAACGAGAUGUGCACCUACUGCUGUACUGGACCCCAUGCUUGUGAAGUGGAGAGACGAAACCUCUUCUCAACGAUAUUUACAACUCGCCAUCCCACCAAUGCUCCGAAUGUGCACUCAACUCAGCCUCACACUACUGUCAGCAAGUGCAUAGUCUGUGACACCGAGCCGUGUGACGUGUCAGGGCUGCCAUACCUGAGCCCUAUCCAGUGCUCACACACACACCCAUACUGCGUGUCUAAGUAUGAACAAGACGCACACGGACACAAGGUUCAAAAAGGAUGUGCCACUGAGGAGUUCUGCCGCACCUACUGGUGGGACCUCACCUCCCAGAAUACUCAGUGCAUGAGCACCUCUUUCCCUAAUCUACCGAGCCUUGAUUGCACCUUCUGUUGUCAUGGUGACGGGUGCAACAAACCAAACAGACCGGCCCAUAAUACAUUGGUGCAAUUCUGAAAUGCGGCAGUCCCUGCGUUAGUCACUGACAAGGCGCAAAUCCUACUUCUGGCUCAAGUUGUAAAUGUCUUAAUAAACUUGUUUUAAAUUUUAAAAAA